AUGUUUGUGCCUAGACAGGUGGGUCUCACAAAACAGGCCCUCAGAGGCAGCAUUUACCUUUUGGUGGUGUUGACCCUGGUGUUUUUGUUUCUUUUCACCCGUCAGAAACCAGUCUACACCGACUCUCCCCUGGUGCUGGACCUGGAGUUCUAUACUUGUUAUCGACCCUUCUGCAAAGAAUCCGAGUAUGUCAGGGUGGACAAGGACCUAGGACUGGGAAAGGCGCUCUUUAAAAGAAUGUACUUGCAGAAAAAGCUGGGACACAGUGAGGACACUGCCGUCGUGGACGUUGCCGUGGGGAAACCAGAGUACAAGCCUGGCGACCUGUGGGAAUCUAGAGGCCAGGGCCUCUGGGUGAAGUAUGGCCCGGCCAAAAAAGCAAUCAUCGACGCGACGGUGCUUUUUCAACCGUCAGAUCCACGUCCCGGAUGGACGAUACUCACAGAGCCGCUACACACAGAAACAGAUCACCAUGUAUACAUCAGCUACAGACGGCCAACCACAGCUCCUACCAGGCCGCAGCUCUCCUUCAAGAACAACAAGUUCAAGAUAUUGCAGGUUGCAGACCUGCAUUUUGCCACGCUCGACGGUGUGUGCCGUGAUACGUGGCCAAAGCUUGCUCCAGGCGAGAAAUGCCAAGCGGACUCGAAAACGACACAUUUCGUCGAGACUGUGCUUGAUAUCGAGAAGCCGGAUCUCGUCGUCAUGACAGGCGACCAAAUAUAUGGUGACGACUCUCCCGACACAGAAACUACGAUCCUCAAGGUGUGCGAUAUUUUUGAGCGUCACAAAAUCCCCUACGCAAUGGUCUUUGGUAACCACGACGACGAGGGCUCGUUACAGCGAGACCAGAUCAUGGAGAUUGUGGAAGACCUGCCGUACUCUCUCUCGUCAGCUGGGCCUGCAAACGUGUCUGGAGUCGGCAAUUACGUGCUUCAAGUCCAGAACAAGCUCGCUCUUUAUUUUCUCGACUCGCACAAAUACUCGCUCAACCCAAAAGUGCGCGGGUACGAUUAUUUGAAGGAGGACCAAAUUGAGUGGAUCAAAAGCUCCAAGGUCCCUGCACCUGUGGCCAUGGCUUUCUUCCACAUUCCUCUGCCGGAGUACAGAGAUACCGACGCGGUAGUGUUCGGAAACUACAAAGAGGCCGUCAUGGCUCCGCAGAUCAACACGGGCAUGGCACAGACGCUCCAAGAGAUGGGCGUUUCCGUGGCAUCUGUGGGCCACGACCAUUGCAACGACUUCUGUUUGAAAUCGGAUCUGUGGCUGUGCUACGGAGGUGCCGUUGGCGAGGGUGGCUACGGUGGAUACGGCGGCACAGAACGGCGAGUGCGUGUGUUCGAGGUGGACGCGUCGAACGGCCAGAUCACCACGUGGCAGCGACUGCACUCGGACCCGCAAACCAUUAUCGAGCAUCAUGUACUAGAAAAAUAA